AUGAUCAGCACUGCAGAGCCGCUGGGAGAGCAGCCACAGGCGGAUCAAUGCCCCCUGCUGGCGGCGCUCAUGUCCAGGAGCGCCCGGUUUUCCGUGCCCUUUCCGGUCCAGACUAUCCGCUGCCAGUACCUUCUCCAGCGCGGCGUGGCCUCUCCGCAGCAGCUGUCGGCCUUCGCCGAGUCCGCGUACCCCCUGCUUCACGAGUCUGCGGUGCGCCUCUACGCCAGCUUCCUCCGCCACAAGGCCCGCCACGGAACGCCUUCCGAGAGGGAGCUGUAUCGCGGCAUGACCGUCACCGCGCUUGUCCACCGCCUCCUCACAAAAAGAGCGGUCUCCUUCUACGGCUGCGAGGACUUCUUCACGCUACUGGACGGCACGCGGGGGCGCGGCUGGGGCGGGGGCUCGCUGCCAGAGCGCUUGACCUACGACGAGAUCAAGCUCUCUGCGCUCCUGUCGGUCAGCUCGUACAGCGUGUUUAUCAACAACAGGUCCCGGGAGAACAGGGGCGUUCCGGCGCCGUCUCGCGAGGCCGUCCAGAGCCACGGGGUUGUGAUCGGGCUCAUCGGCCCUCGCCUGGAGAAGGAGGGCGUCAUGGAGUGGGAGGAGGUCGUCGUCUCCAAGGACCAGAACGUUAGGGCGCGCGGGUAUGGAGAGCCCUCCGGGGAGCCCACGGCGGCCGCUUCGUGGAGGCAGAUGUGGGCCGAGCUCUACGGUCUCCCGUGCCUUCCGCUGUACGACCGGGUUAGGAGCAGCGCAGAUCCCGGCAAGUACCUUCCGAUCGGGGACCUGUAUCUGAAUAGGCAGGCGUACUCUGCAAGGCUGGCGAUCUCCUUCGAGACCCUUUUGCUGGAGGCACACUCCCGCGCCACCCGCGCCGGCACGAGGGCCUACGUUCACGUUGUCGGGAUCGGGCUGGGCGUCUGGGCGCUGUCUCCAGCCCAGGAGCCCGUCUUCCUCGAGACCUUCGCCCGCUGCCUCGCAAGGCUGGCAGGGCGUCUCACGGGCAUAAGCGACCUGGACUUUGCGUGGUUCACCGCCCAGGCCCUCCCCCGGGCGGCCUACGAGCACAUCCGCGUGCGCUUUUCCAGGUGA